ACCAUUUAUAUAGGUCCGCGCACUAAAAGCGCGCGUCCUGCGUGCGCUCCUCUGCGACGAAUCUCCUGCUUGACCCGUCCCUCCCUGCAUUUUGAGAUCCUCAUUGCGCAAGAUGAAGUUCGCGCCCAUUGCUCUCCUGGUCUUUGCUACGGCCGCCCUCGCGCAGGACUCUACGUCUGCAGCUACCAGUGCGGCGGCCACGAGCACUGCAGGCAUCUCAGCCUGCAUCUUGCAAUGCUCGAGCGACGCCGCGUCGUCGAACGGCUGCUCGUCGAUCACGGACCUGCAAUGCGUGUGCACAUCUGCAAGCUUCCAAGAUGACGCCAAGUCCUGCUUGCAAGACAACUGCACAGAAGAGGAGCAGCAGACGGCCCUCCAGCUGCAAGCAGCCGAGUGCGCGGCUAUCGGCGGGACGUCAGAGUCCGGCUCCGCAGCGACAUCGACGGGCGCGUCGGCGACCAGCAGCGCGUCGGCGAGUAGCAGCGCAUCGAGUGCUAGCGGCACAAGGACCUCGUCAGGAUCGGGCGCGACGUCCACUGGCCCAUCCUCCACCACGUCCGACGCGGACGCGAGCGCGACCGACUCCAACGCGGCUUCCGGCUUGCACCACGAAUUCUUCCUUGUUGGAGGUGUGGUGGCUCCGGUCAUCGCCGUAGAGAUCGGCGGUCUUAUGUUUGGCGCUGCUAUGGUCAUGUUGUAGAAGUUCUGCUGCUUGGGGGAGUUGCGAAGAAUCAGGGAAUUCAAGGGUGUAUGGAUUAUGUUACAUGGGUUUAAGAGAACACUUUCUGCUUCGUUGAAUGCGACGCCAAACAAUGAUGACUUCUACAAUUCCUCGAUAUAAAUACAGAAAAUGAUGAUAUCCAAGUCUAUGUUGCCGGUCAGCGC